CAACUUUCAUUAUCAGUUUUGAGAAAUUUGUUAUAAUUGACGUUGUACUGUUAAAGGCGUUGUCUUGUAUUUACGAAUUCCGUUUGUCUAAGUUUGAUAUCCUAAUAAUUAAAAAUGUCAAGCAGAAAGGCUAAAGGUCGUGGAACAACAAAGAAACGUGCUCAGCGGGCUACUUCCAACGUAUUUGCCAUGUUUGAUCAGGCGCAGAUACAAGAAUUUAAAGAAGCAUUUAACAUGAUAGACCAAAAUAGAGAUGGUUUUAUUGAUAAGGAUGAUCUUCAAGAAAUGCUUGCUUCUUUAGGUAAAAAUCCAGAUGAUGAUUAUUUAGAUGGAAUGAUGAAAGAAGCUCCAGGGCCAAUAAAUUUCACAAUGUUCUUAACUUUAUUUGGAGAGCGUUUGCAAGGAACUGAUCCAGAAGAUGUGAUAAAAAAUGCCUUUGCUUGUUUUGAUGAAGAAAAUACUGGUCGAAUUAAUGAAGAGCGUCUCAGAGAACUUCUUACUACAAUGGGUGAUCGAUUCUCUGAAGAAGAUGUAGAUGAAAUGUACCGAGAAGCUCCCAUAGAUAAACAUGGAAUGUUUGACUAUUUAGAGUUUACUCGAAUUUUAAAACAUGGUGCUAAAGAUAAAGAUGAUCAGUGAAUAGUAAGCUGGCUUACUGAAAUGGAACUGUAAAAGCAUUUUUUCUGAAGAUUAAUGCUUCCUACUAACAUCUUUCAAAAGUGCUUUUUAUCCUUUUUAUAUGUAAUUUUACUACAUACAAGAGCUUUCACUUGUAAAAAAGCAUUUAGACAUUUUGCUAAUAAUAUGAUGGAAAUGUAUUUUUCUACUGCAGUAUCUUGAAUUGUGUAUUAUAGCUUAAUUUUAUUAUGAUUGAUCAUUUUGUAUGUAAUUUUUUGAUUUAUAGUAAAAUUUAAUAUGGAUGUAAAAAAUUAUAAAAGUCUAAACUUUUUUUUUUUUUUUUGGUAAAUUUAAGUGAAAUAAAAAAAAAAUAAUAACUUGCACAAGUAAACUUUGUACUUGUUUGGGCUAUAAACGUACUAUAAAUAAAAAUGUUAUGUCAACACAUCAAAGUAAAUAAACAAAUAACUUUAUUAAAAAGACAGGUUAUAAAAUACUAUUACAUUCUUAAUGUGGGCGAUGUAUUUGUUUUAGUUAUUCAUUUAUUUCAAAUUUCUAAAUUUGAUUUUGCCUUCAAUCUAAAUUCUCAUAUCCAUUAUGGUAUUUAUUUGCAGACUGUACUUAAUUUUUUACGUACGUGAAAAAAUGAAAAAAAUAAAUGUCCUGGCAGAGGACUGUAAAUCAUAUAUUUCAGAAAGUUUAAGUGUUUGCAAAUUUAUUUAAAGACAUUUUUGGCAUUUUUGCUCUGAUGUAAAAAAUCAGUGUUUGUUGCAUACUAAAAUAUAUUGUUGCUUGGAACUCUGAAUUCAAAAUCUUAUGCAUGAUUUUAUAUAGUUAUCUAAAAAAUAAAUUUGAAAACAAUAUGUAUAAGUAAGUUUUUAUUAAUUUUUUACUCUUUCAUAAAUGUUAUAAAAUCUUCUCUAGAAAGCAUUGUCUUAAAUGAAAAACAAUUACAACUUGUAAUAUGUUCAGAUGUUGCAUACUAUAUAUAUUGUUUUUUACUCUUAUUUUUUCCUCCGGUGCUGUGCCAAUUAAAGCUCAAGAUUCUCUUAUGAUUCAUUUUGCAUACUUCGACACUUAUUAGCAGUGAUUUCCAAUGUAUAAUAUUUAAAUGAAUCUUGCAAAAAUUAGGGAAAUAAUUCCCCUAGUCAUAGAUAUUGUACUUUUUUAAUUUUAUGUCUCAUUUUUUUAUUGAAAUAAACAGCUAAUGUACUAUAUAAUUUUUCAUAUUAAUUUUUAUGCUCUAUUUUAAUGCAUUUCCUAUCCUUUUUGUAUUUUGAACUGUGAAAUUGAAGUUUGUAAUUUAGUAUGCAUUUAUUUUUCUGUGUUUCGUAUAGUUAUUUUGAUUAGCUAGCAAUUUCUUUUUCUUAAUUUCUUUUAUAUGCCUCUUCUUUGUGAGAAUGUUAGCAUCUGCUGAAUCAAAAUUGUCAGAUAACUUUUGUUUUUUUAAAUGUAUAUGUGAUCUGAAAAACAGAUUUGAACAGAUGGAAUAUGAAGUAGUUUUAAGCUGAAUUAUUGUACUUAUUUUUUAGCCGUGAAUUUAAAAAUUGCCAUUUUCUUUUGUUACACAGUUUAUUUAAAAUUUUUUUGACUUUUUCCAUUUUUCUGAUUAAAUAAAAAUAAAAUUUCUGUUUUCUCUCUUUGUUAUAAGUUAUUUCCCUUCAUUUCAGUUAAUAGCAUUUGCUUCAUUAAUAAAUGAAAAGCUGUGUAGAUGAUUUUAUACAGGUAAGAUAUUCUUGUAGAGUCUUAUUCUUUUAGGGAGCAUAGAAAGUGGACCCUGCCGAAGACAAGAUAAUGAAGUCUCACAAUGUCGAGAAAAACAGAUAACUGCCACACUGGAGAGAUUAAUGUUUUCUCCAAAAGAAUGAGAUUCAGACAGUCUAAACUUGUAAAGUUAUGGUAAAUAUGUUCUGGGAUAGUCGCUGUAUUUUGCUAGUGGACUUCAUGGCAAAAGAGACAACAACUGCAUAUUAUCAGACUAAAAAUUUUGCAGGACAAUCAAGAAUAAAUACCGUUGCAUGUUGUUUACCAAAGUUCUGUUGCUUCAAAACAAUAUGAGGCCACUGCUGUUGUUCAUAUGCAACUUCUAAUCAACUCUUGGUUAGCAGCAGUAGGAUCAUCCUUAUCUCCUUCUCACAUCUCCUGCAUCGGAUCCUGACCUCUAUCUAUCUUCCUAUCUCCUGUGUCGUGGCGUACAAUGAACUGGAAGUUGAUCUGUCAGCACUAUCCUCAUCUUCAGGGCAUAUGUUUUUAUUUUAUUCGGCUUAUAAUUCUUUAAUAAAUGUAGUAUUUCAUCUCCA